AUGCAGGAGUCUGGUUCCGGCACAGGCACUCAGCCCUCCAGCCCGCAUGCCGAGCUGGAAUCCUCGAGCCAGGGCCCGCUACUGGAACAGAUUGGCAUGCUCCUGGCCAGCGUAGACUCCCUGCACGCCGCGCUGCGGAACGAGAGGGCGCACAGCUGCGCGCUGGAGGAGGAGCUGGCGGCCAUGCGGGUGACUGUGAACACGCUCAAGUCCCAGCUUGCCGCAGCGCUGGAGGACAGGCCCGAGCGUGGCCGGCAGGGGAGUGGGUCCCUGGGGUCGGAGACGGUGAUGGGAGCCCUCUGA